AUGCGGAAGUCCUCGUGACGUCACGUUUAAAUAUGGCGGCGCUAAGCUGAAUCGGAGACACAGGCCACAGUCGAUGUAGAGUUUGUAGCCGUUUCUGUUGUCUAGAGGUGCACAACCAAGCGCAGCUGAAGACAGACGCAGACAGCUGGCGUGCUAGCAGGUGGCUCUGAGUCUGACAGGUGGCAGGCAGAAUACCUGAGAUACCUAUGUGAGAAAAGUGGGACCACUAAGUCUUGUCUUGUUGCUGGUCCAGACGGAGUGUCACCAACUUCACCCUCCAUAAAAUGAAGAGCUAGCGCAGGCUGAUCCAAAGUGAUGUUGAGGAUUACAAUCCCAUCGCGCUACCAGGGCCCUUAUUACGAGAUGUCCCCCCCACGGGAUCUCACAAGGCCAGCAGGGGGGAGCUAAAUAUGCAUCAUCUCCUUCAGGCCCUCUUAGUAAGCCUUCCAAAUCGGAAUCAGGAGGAACAGCCUACAACAACCAGACACCGUCGUGACCCUUCCAACCACCUGAGAAAGACAUCAGACACUGUUUACGAAAGAAGUCCACAAAAAGUCAGAAAGCUAAUAUCUUCUAUUGUCUCUUGGAGUUAAUCUUUUAUGGAGAACAACUCAUGGGAUCAGCAUACAUAUCACAUGAUGUUAGCCUGGAGCACUUGAAGGUGGAUUCAACAGUACCCCUCCAACACACACAAACAGUGCUAGUGCCCUGUGAAGAUGUGGGACAUUAGGACUAUCUAGCCUGAUAAAACACUACUGUGAAGAGGUUUCACCAGAAGGUCAGAUAAGACAGAUCGUCGGAAAGGAUCAUCCACCUCUAAUUCCCAACGGACCUGUCCUGCUUUUGUAAUUGAGAAGAAGUAAUCGGACCAACUCUUGGGCUGUUCCCAGAAAAAUUAUUCAUCAAAAUAGGAUCUGAUGGAGGAAAACGGCAGUUUCCAGGUUGACCCCGGUUGAGAGCAUUUUUUGUUUUGUUUUCAAGGAUGACGACAAGAGGUGGAUCGAGUAUGAAGUGGGCACUGCGAAUUCCGCAGCCUUACAUCAAGCGAGCAAUUAUUCUGGCCUUGGGUUUUAGCUUGUUGUCUAUCUGGAUUUUGGCCUAUUAUGUCUCUCAAACCAAACAGAAUCCACGAUGGGAACCGCCACAAGCAAACUGUAAACUUGCUGAAUCCAAAGCCAACCCGUUUUUCCCAGUGCGACCCCAACCAAUGCGUGAUGUGGCAAAGAACUCGAGAACUCAGCCUGCUGCGCUGGUGUUUGUGGAGAGUGCCUACUCAAAACUUGGCCAGGAAAUCGCUGCCCUCCUUGAAGCUAACCGCUUAAAAUACAAGACAGAAAUAGUCAGUGGAAAGAGCUUCCCUUCUCUCACAGAGGUAGGCCACGGAAAAUAUUCCCUGGUUAUCUUUGAAAAUCUGAACAAGUACCUACACAUGGACAAGUGGAAUCGAGACAUUCUGGAUAGAUACUGUUUGGAAUUCAAUGUCGGCAUCAUCAGCUUUGCAGGAAAAUCAGAAGACAACCUUUUGAAUAAAAGAGUUGGAGACUUUCCCUUGUACAUGCACAGUAACCUGAGACUGAAGGACUGCUCGUUAAAUCCUGACUGCCCGCUCCUCUAUCUAACGAGGGCUGGGGAAACGUGGCGCGGGAACCUGCCUGGAGAAGACUGGACGAUAUUUCAACCCAACCACACAACCUACGAGCCCGUAGCGUACGCCAAAACGUCCAGUCUUGAAUAUGUACAUGUGAAUGAGAACCUGGACAGGUCUUACCUGGUUACAGUUAUGCAAGACCUUGGACUGUAUGACGGCAUCCAGAGGGUCUUCUUUGGAAAUGAUCUGAACUUCUGGCUCCACAGGUUGCUAUUCCUGGACAGUGCCACGUACCUUUCCCAAGGGAAACUGAGCUUGUCCCUGGAGCGCUACAUCCUUGUGGACAUUGAUGACAUUUUUGUGGGGAAGGUGGGCACAAGAAUGCAGACAAGUGAUGUAAAGGCCCUCAUAAGUGCCCAGUCCAGGCUGGGAAGUUUAGUUCCUGGGUUUCGCUUCAACCUUGGGUUCUCCGGCUACUUCUACCACUCAGGAGAUGAUGUAGAGGAUAUAGGAGAUGAUGCGCUCCUGGCCAACGCCCAUGAGUUCUGGUGGUUCCCCCACAUGUGGGCCCACACACAACCCCACACCUUCACCAACGAGACAUCGCUCCGGGAACAGAUGAUCCUCAACAAGAGAUUUGCCAAAGAGCACGGGAUUCCCACGGAUGGAGGCUACGCCGUGGCUCCACACCACUCCGUACUACCCAGACAGACAUGUGGUCUGUUCACCCACACCAUCUUCAUAGACAAGUACCCUGGUGGGCGGUCCCGGCUGGAGGAGAGCAUCCAUGGAGGGGAGCUGUUCCAAACCUUUAUCAACAGCAGGGUAAACAUCUUCAUGACACACCUGUCCAACUACGGCAAUGACCGCCUGGCCCUGUACACUUUUGAGAGUGUCAUAAAGUUUGUUCAGUGUUGGACCAACCUGCAGCUGAAGACAGUCCCUCCCAUGGAACUGGGCAGGAAGUACUUUGACCUGUACCCUGAAGAGGCCAACCCUGUGUGGCAGAACCCAUGUGAUGACAAGAGGCAUCUGGCCAUCUGGUCUAAAUACAAGACAUGUGACAGGUUACCUCGCUUCUUGGUGAUCGGCCCACAGAAAACUGGAACCACUGCACUGUACGCCUUCCUAUCCAUGCACCCCAACAUCCUGAGUAACUUUCCCAGCAGUAAGACAUUUGAGGAAGUCCAGUUCUUCAAUGGAGCCAACUACUAUAGGGGAAUUGACUGGUACAUGGAGUUCUUCCCCACGCCCAGUAACUCCAGCCUACAGUACCUGUUUGAGAAGAGUGCCACAUACUUCGAUAACGAGCUUGUUCCCAAGCGUGCCCAUGCCUUGCUUCCCCGUGCCAAGAUAGUCACCAUCCUUAUUAACCCAGCCAGGAGGGCGUACUCGUGGUACCAGCACAUGCGAGCCCAUGAGGAUGUCAUAGCGCUGAACCACAGCUUCUACCAGGUAGUGACGGCCACCGACGAGGCGCCGCGGUCCCUGCGGGAACUCAAGAACCGGUGUCUGAACCCCGGCAAGUACGCCGUCCACCUGGAGAUGUGGCUGAACCACUACCCUGCCAGCCAGUUGUUGAUCUUGGACGGUGACCAGCUGAGGACGGACCCUGUAUCCACCAUGUGGAAGACUCAGAAGUUCCUCAAGGUCAAGCCGCACUUUGACUACGACAGCCAUCUCAGGUAUGAUCCCUCGAAAGGAUUCUACUGCCAAGUCAUGCCGAACGGGAAGACCAAGUGCCUGGGUCGCAGCAAGGGGAGGCACUACCCUCCCAUGGAGGCAGACACAGAGAAGUUCCUCAGUAACUACUACCUUCCCUACAACGUGGAACUGUCCAAACUGUUGACCAGGCUGGCCCAGCAGCUCCCUGAUUGGCUGAGAGAGGAGCUGCGCGGGAGAUGAUGUCCGUGGAACAUGGCCGUAGGUCACCUAAGGUCACAGGAGCCUCAGAAUAGAAAAAGACAUUUGGAAAAUAUUGAUUUCAAAAAGCGUGAAUUUUGAUUUAUCAUAUGAUGUCAUAUCCUUGUAGAUAGAAAACUAGCACUGCUGUGUAAUUAUUACGCUUGGAAAAGCUUAUUAUAUCUGUUUAGUUUGCAUUUUCAAGGAAGGCGUCAUAGAGGUUGAAACUGUGAUUAAUCAAUUUGCCACCAAUCAACCAUUCUGCUUUAGCACAUCAUAUACCUGUGACAACAGACAAAGUGCCAUGGUGACAGAUAGCAGCACUGCAAUGUACUAAAUCAAAUACAUUAGUUAUGACUUCUCCACCCCAAGUUGCCUGUACGUUGAUGUACCUGAACUGUGUUUAUAUCUCUGGUAGCUGAGCUCCAGGGAAGUUCGAGUCCUUGUAGAAGUGAAGGAAAUGGUGAAUGCAGGCCCAUUCUAGCAUACAUGUACAGAGCAAUCAGUCUGUUUGAAUUUCUCAUUGAUUAUGAUGACUUCAGUGACAGGAAAAUUUACAUGUAAGAAAAAAGAACCAUACACACUUACCCAGUGUACCUCACUCAGUGUUAGUAUAUGUGUGAAAUACUAUUUGAGAUAUCAUCUCCCAGGGCAGAGUUGGGCCGGCAAAACUACGUAAGUUUCAAAGAAGCCAAAAGACAAAUCCUACUUUAAAAAUGGACUUUAUAUAUUCUAGUAAGCGAAAUGGGACAAAUCGGCACUUGUGCAUGUACAUGUACACCAGAGUAGAUUACAAAUGGGUUGGUGACAUCUUGAUUGAAGGUGUGUUUUUAUGAUUUCAAAAGGUGAGUUGAAAUGACGAAAGCUUCACACUAAUACGUGAGAGACAGUGUGCCCCACACCAUCCCAUGACCUCAUCUCAGGAAGUAUACUUGCUGUCAAGGCAUAGUCCAUGGGAGCCAUGAUAGCAGAAAAUAGGCGUGGGUAUCAGUGCACAAGAUUCAGGUCCGGGUCUUCUUCAGGUCCAGAGGAUUAGGUCAUCAUCUGGACCCUACUUGGACAUGACUCAGUAUGUGAAAACUUGUGAAUUGGCAAGACUCAAAACGAUGAUCCAUUUUGCUUCAAAGAAGUCUUCUCUAUCGUUCUGUUCAUUUUCUGAUAGGUCCAAUCCGGUCCACUAAUUUUUUCAUGUCCUGUAGUUUUGGCACCAUUUGGUCCAACAAGAAAAUACAGUUUUGUGAUGGCGCCUACCCCUAUCAGAAAAAAAGUGAUGAAUAGAAAUAUGGUAUGCACUUCUUUCCCUUUUUGUGAAGGAGAGCCACAUUUCCCUUUAUGAAGAAAAUUUGCAAGUAAAUGUUGACUUGUAUGUAUUAGUUGUUGGAGACCAUUAUGGUCACAGAACACAGUAUUUAUCUGCAAUCCCCUGUAGUCAAUGGUGGUUCUGGUAUAAAGUAGUUUGUCACAGUGCUUAAAAAGGCCAUAGAGAUGUUUUUGUGCACAAUAGCGAGGUGGGAAAUGCAUAACUGUAGAGGAAUACAUCAAUUUAUAGACUACAUAUUAAGUUAAGUUGGAUUAUGAUGUUUUUUGGAUGGUCGGUUGGUUGGCAUAUAUUUGCUUUUGAAUGAAUAUAAAUUUGUAUCACAUAAUAGCGGGCUCAAAAAGAGCCAGCAACUUAAAGUUCAUUUUCACUUACUAGUAUUUUGUAGAUUGUACCCUGAGCUCAAACAUAUUUCAUUUUUGUAGAUCUGAAUUUUUAAGUGUCAAAGCUUCUGAAAUCCUUAACCAUGUGAAUCCUAUACUGAGUUCUGCUACCUACAUGUAUCAUUAUAGUGCUUUCAUCUUCUAUUCUAGCUUGCUCAAUUUGCAUACGGGCCCAAACACAACUUCUAAGAAGUUUGUACAAGAUAAGGAUGGAGCUUAGAAAUUAUGUGUUUUAAAAAAAAAAUGAAAUUUUCUUUCUAACAAUAUAGCCAUCAAUUCACCAGUUUUAACUGUACAUUUUGGGGUGAGGUGAAUACUAAUGUAAUAUAUAAGAUGAUUAACAAUAAAGCAUUUCUUACUGAGACUUUCACAUCUGGUGGCACCCAAUAUAAAACAUCACGCUUGUAAAAGCACACCUCUUUGGAUAUGGAAAACCAUCUUAAUAAGGUUUUUUUAUGGCUAAUACAUAACUCCUAAAAUACAUGUAUAUUAUGCUGGUGACUUAGACAUAUACCAUAUCACACUCACUCACUGACUAUCCGGUUUAGUGGAUCUUUGUUGAUUUCUGUGUGAAGAACUAAAUGGCCAAAAAGAUAGACACUGUAUCAGCCAUGACAUCAUUGCGGAUAUGAUGGCUGCUUGGAACAGGAAAAAUCUUCAGUACGUCACCAGGACAGCUAUACAAUGAACACGCCGAGGGUGACAAGCUUUUAAACAGUAUGUGUAGAAGCCACCAGGUGCAUGACUGUCUCGGGCUGGGAAUGCCUAGAGGAAUAUAUUUUGUAAUUCUACAGAUAAAAUUAUCAUUCAUAAUGAAUGUUCUAGUUAGAGAAGUGCUGAGAGACUGUUCUUUCCCAACCGCCAAGUUGUAGUCUGGUCAUGUCAGCUGUUCACAUCAGUGCUGUUACCUGAGUUAUGUGAUGCAUUGUUUUAAAUAGCCCUGUAACAACAGUCUUACUUCAUUUAGUGUACCAGUACCAAAGAAAUAUUAAAGCCAGUUUGAUGUUCAAUGAUUGCUAUAGGAAGAUUAUGGAUUAACUUGAUAAAAUACAGUUUCAAUAAAAUUCAUCUGAAGAAAUAGACAUGUAAUGUUACAGUUGCAGAAUGUAAACAAGGCAGCUUUCGUUCAAGCAUAGCCAAAAAAAUUGCCAGGAUGAAAAAUCCAAAGAGACUUAAGUAAACAUCGUUCACUCCCAUGUUAAACAGGGCAUUGUUGAAUUGUCUGGAUGUUGACAAAUCAACAUUGGUGUUACAGUUGCAUACUGUGGGGAAGUGGCCAUACUAACCCUUGUGGUGCUGGCAAAUUACCAUACAUUUUCCCAAUUCUGGGCGUUUUAGACCCUUUGGAAAGUAGGGGUACUGUUUUCACUAUGCUACAUAAUGAUGUAUAACUUUAUUGGGUUAUUUGGAAGGAAAGGAACAAAAAAAAAAAGAAUAGUGAAAACAGUACCAACAUAUGCUUCCCAACAUAUGUUGGACGUAACACUACAAGGGUUCUGAUAUCCAGGUUCAUUGUUGCUGGUUGUCUUUUUAUCAGCCUGUGACAUUGUUAGCACUGAUAAUACAAUUGUACACCUCAUUACUUCACUACCCCUCCUUUAUUAGAGGACCAAUCUGUGGCACAAUAUAUAGCAUAUUGGAUUUAAAGUUUGUAUCAAAUCAAAGUACAACAUUUUCUGAUUGUAUUCAACAACAAUGAUGGUAUUAUUCAAUUAACAUACAUGUACACAUCUGUGCUACCCUUCCUGUUAUUCAACAUUAAUUUGUACCAUCAAAAACAAUUAUUUAAACUUAAGGUUUUGGGGCUAAUGUAAACUUAUGGUGAUCCAAUUCUGGCUGCCAAUGGGGUCACAAUAGACAUAUCUUUGACUAUCUAUGGCUGAAAAAAGGAACAUACUUUUUAAAAGCUGUAAUAUUGUCUUGCAAUAACUUGAAAUUAUGGAGAUUAACCUCUGUGAGGUACUCGAAGGCAUUGAUGUUAACAUGUCAUUGGCAUUCAUGAUUAGAGUCUGAAGAAUGUUUUUUGAUGGCUAUGCUUAAUAACAGGCAAAGGGUGUACUGAAUUUAUGGCACAAAAGUGUUUGUGUAUGUUAAUUGAAUGAUGCAAAUCGUUAUUCCUGAAUAUAUAUAUAAGUGGAAAAAAUGUACUUUGUUUCAUACAAUCAUAUGUAUAUAUUUAAUAGAAUUCGGAUGGUAGAAAUCCCAGAAACCUACAGCCUGUUAUACAGUGGUUCUUCUCGCACUUUUUAAACAGUAUCUACUACAGAAUACAUGUUUGUGACAAAUGAUGUAACAAGUUGUAUCAUUUCUGUCUAAGUGCUUUCAUGCCAACCAUAGGUACAUUGCCAAACUCUAAUAUGGUGAUACAUGACAAUUCUUGUACCUGUCAUGACCUGGAAGAGUCUUCCACAUACAUGUACAUGUACAUCUGUAGCAUAUGGCAUAUAGUCAAAGAGCAUUAUGUACACAUUUAUACAUGUACCACUGCCUGAUUUUGGAAUUAUUCUUUGUAACAAUCCCUGCCUGUUGUCUGACACAUUGUUAAUGUUAAGGUUGUAGAUAUAUAUGUUUGCAAAAUUUCUAUUGAGGACAAAUGCAAUUUAUAUCAUUGCAAAGAAAUGAGAAGAAACUCUCCUUACUUGACAACAGAUCUCCAUGAAGAUAAACCAGUAAUUCCCUGUUCACACCCAGUUUUCUGUCCAAGUGCUCUUGGUUGGAGAGUGGUGUUAGUUUGGAACCACUACCAUGCCAUGCCCUACAUUUGUAGAACUGCUGCAAUGUUUCAACCUUACUGGCAAUAUUUCUGGCAGUUGUACAGAGGUAAUAGCUUCUCCUGGAUGAACAUAUUUUCAAUUUGAGUAAUCAAUUUCAGUAAUUGAUAGUUGACAUUUCAGCAGAAAUUGAAUAAAUACUUGAGAACAGAAA